GCUGCUAGUAGAUUGAUAUAAACACACUAUUGGUGGGAAAUGAUGAUGUAUACAAACUAUAUUAAUUAUGAUUCUAGUCGCACAAUCAAGAAAUCAAAAUUUACCUAAUUAAGAUGAAUGAAAACAAGAUAACUGACAGAAAGUGUUUCUUUUAUCAAUAAAAUCGCUGAAUGACAGGAAUCUUCGAACACAAAUCUGUAAACAGUAUAAGAAUGAUAAAAUCGAAAAUCACAAAUCAUUGUCAUCCACGUAUUACCGUGUUCUAUAUGUUAUAGUAUCACGACUAGGCAAUGUUUAUCUAUUUUCUGAAACAUUCUUACAAUAAUAGACUAAGAAUCUUUUGUUAAAUAAAUUAUUAACAUAUAUGAUUGUAUACGACAAGUAGUAUCAUGGUUCCCCACUUUCUUAUAUUUUUCCCGAUCAAGCCAUACUUCUUCCUUCAUUCAUCUCCACCAUCACAAUUUGGCUAUAUCUUGAUAUUUAUUGUGUGUUCUGUACGGGAUACUAUCUAUUUGCUUAGAGAGACACAUAUGUUUUGUGUAUAUUCAUUCAGAGGCUUUCUCCAUCAACCACUAUCUGUAAUCUUUAGAUAAGAGAUAGUGGUUGUGUUAAGCUUAUUACAAUAGAAGAAGCUGAUAUAAACAUUUGGAGGUGGCUAGUGAUCUUCUCCAUCGACGAUCAAUAAUGACAAUGAAGAUGAAGGGAAUCUACAAAAGCUUCAGAUCGAUCUCUCAUAUAUUUGUUGAGAAAGAAAGAGAUAUGGAAAUUGGGUACCCAACCGAAGUAAAGCACGUGGCUCAUGUUGGCUGGGAGGGCUCCUCUGGCAGUGCUCCUGCAUGGAUGAAUGAAUUUAAAGCAGCAGUGGAGCCUUUAUCUCCAAGAGCAUCAUCUUUUAGUCAUGCAACACAUUCAAAUUCUUUCUUGGUCACUUCUUCAUCCACUGAUUUUGAACAGAGCUCAAGCCAACCAACUAUAUCAGAUAGGCUAAGGGAUGUGCCUCCAAUUCCAGUAGGUCUAUCCAAGGUUCAUACUAAGAGCAAGAAUAGGAGAAAGAAACCAUCUACAUCAUCACCAAGAUCCAAAUUACAAUCUCCAAAGUCUUCGAGAUCCACAGGUUUAUCUAAAUAUUCGUUCAAAUCAAUGACAACUCGGUUGAACUCUAAUGCAUGAAGGUGAAUUUAAACAAACAAAAAAUCAUAACUUGUGUCACACAUUAUGCAUAAGGAAAGUUUUUGGUAGUUCUGGUGAUUUUUUUUGUUCAAAGACAUUUUGUUUUGUAGUUCUCGGAUUUGAACAACUUACAUUGUCGAAAGAAUUACAAAAAAAAAAAGAAAUAUAUAGAAUCUGUGCGAGAGAAAAAUUAUUUACUUUCUAUUGUAAUGGGAUUCGCAGAUUGGUGAAAUGGAUUUCCUUAUUACAAGGAAUCAAUAAUUUUAGGCUGAAUUUAAUAGAAAAUUAGAAAUUUAAUCUAAUAUCUCUCUCUUGAUUUUUUUCCUUAAAAGAAACUAGUUUAAUUUGUUUUCAAGUUUAAUUUUCUUUUAGCAUAAAGGGUAUGCAAGUAUGAUUAGCC